AGCGCCGCGGAAGCCCUGCAGGAGCGGAGCGGGCGGCCCCGUGCGGCCCCUCAGAGCCGGGGCGGCGGCGGCGGCGAAGAUGGCGGCGGCGGACGGCGACGAUUCGCUUUACCCCAUCGCGGUGCUCAUCGACGAGCUCCGCAACGAGGACGUGCAGCUGCGCCUCAACAGCAUCAAGAAGCUCUCAACCAUCGCGCUGGCGCUGGGCGUGGAGCGAACCCGCAGCGAGCUCCUCCCUUUCCUCACCGACACCAUCUACGAUGAGGACGAGGUGCUGCUGGCGCUGGCCGAGCAGUUGGGCACCUUCACCGCCCUCGUGGGGGGACCCGAGUUCGUGCACUGCCUGCUGCCGCCGCUGGAGAGCCUGGCCACGGUGGAGGAGACGGUGGUGCGGGACAAGGCGGUGGAGUCGCUGCGGGCCGUGUCCCACGAGCACUCGCCGCCGGACCUCGAGGGUCACUUUGUGCCGCUGGUCAAGCGCCUGGCCGGAGGCGACUGGUUCACGUCGCGCACCUCGGCCUGCGGCCUCUUCAGCGUCUGCUACCCGCGCGUGUCCAGCCCGGUCAAGGCCGAGCUGCGCCAGUACUUCCGGAACCUGUGCUCGGACGACACGCCCAUGGUGCGGCGCGCGGCCGCCUCCAAGCUGGGCGAGUUCGCCAAGGUGCUGGAGCUGGAGCACGUCAAGAGCGAGAUCAUCCCCAUGUUCUCCAACCUGGCCUCGGACGAGCAGGACUCGGUGCGGCUGCUGGCGGUCGAGGCGUGCGUGAGCAUCGCGCAGCUGCUGCCGCAGGAGGAGCUCGAGGGGCUGGUGAUGCCCACGCUGCGCCAGGCGGCCGAGGACAAAUCGUGGCGCGUGCGCUACAUGGUGGCCGACAAGUUCACCGAGCUCCAGCGCGCCGUGGGCCCCGAGAUCACCAAGACGGACCUGGUGGGCGCCUUCCAGAGCCUGAUGAAGGACUGCGAGGCCGAGGUGCGCGCCGCCGCCUCCCACAAGGUCAAAGAGUUCUGUGAGAACCUGUCCCCCGACUGCCGCGAGGCCGUGAUCAUGGGCCAGAUCCUGCCCUGCAUCAAGGAGCUGGUGUCGGAUGCCAACCAGCACGUGAAGUCGGCGCUGGCCUCGGUGAUCAUGGGGCUGUCGCCCAUCCUGGGCAAGGACAACACGGUGGAACACCUGCUGCCCCUGUUCCUGGCACAGCUCAAGGACGAGUGCCCCGAGGUGCGGCUGAACAUCAUCUCCAACCUGGACUGCGUGAACGAGGUGAUCGGCAUCCGGCAGCUGUCGCAGUCGCUGCUGCCGGCCAUCGUCGAGCUGGCCGAGGACGCCAAGUGGAGGGUGCGGCUGGCCAUCAUCGAGUACAUGCCGCUGCUGGCCGGCCAGCUGGUGAGACUGGGAGGGACUGGGAUGGACUGGGAUAUACUGGGAUGGACUGGGAGAGGGCUGGAGCCGUGUAUGGGGCACUGGGAUAUACUGGGAUAUACUGGGAGGGGGCUCUGGUGUGUGCGGCUGGCCAUCAUCGAGUACAUGCCGCUGCUGGCCGGCCAGCUGCUGGCCAUCAUCGAGUACAUGCCGCUGCUGGCCGGCCAGCUGUCUAACUGGUUUAUACUGGUCUGUACUGGUUUCCCGGCAGUGUACGCCAUCCGCGAGGCCGCCACCAGUAACCUGCGCAAGCUGGUGGAGCGCUUUGGGCACACCUGGGCCCAGGGCACCAUCGUGCCCAAGGUGCUGGCCAUGGCCGCCGACCCCAACUACCUGCACCGCAUGACCACGCUCUUCUGCAUCAACGUGCUGUCCGAGGUGUGUGGCCAGGAGGUGACCACCACGCAGAUGCUGCCCACCGUGCUCCGCAUGGCCGCCGACGCCGUGGCCAACGUGCGCUUCAACGUGGCCAAAUCCCUGCAGCGCAUCGGGCCCAUCCUCGACAGCGGGACGCUGCAGACGGAGGUGAAGCCGGUGCUGGAGAAGCUGACGCAGGACCAGGACGUCGACGUCAAAUAUUUCGCUCAGGAGGCGCUGACAGUGCUGGCGCUGGCCUGACCCCGCCCCCCGCCCCUCCCCCCUCACCAGGCCCCUCCCCCCCGCAUGAACCGGAGCUGCGACCGCCCCUCCCCCACCCCCCCCCGCGCCCCUCCCCCACCCCGCUGUUGGUUCAUUAACUCCUUAAUUAAUUAAUUGACGAUGAUUUCGCCGUUAAUAAAAACCACAACAACGAG